UUGAGCCCUGAAGUUCUGUAAGAAGCAGCCAGGGCACAGACAGCAGCCUAGACUUCUGUUUGCAUUGCAGUAGACAGACAGCCUUUUGUUAUUACUCUUCAUACAGAAUAGAUAUUCCUUUCACAAUGAAUGGUCCAGUGGAUGGGUUAUUUGACUCCCAGCAUGACGACGGGUCAUUCAUGUUCACCUCAGAAUCUGUUGGGGAGGGACAUCCAGACAAGAUAUGUGACCAGAUCAGUGAUGCUGUGCUGGAUGCUCAUCUGAAGCAGGACCCAGAUGCAAAGGUGGCUUGUGAGACGGUGUGUAAGACAGGAAUGGUCCUGCUCUGUGGAGAGAUCACCUCUCGUGCUAACGUGGACUACCAGAAAGUGGUGAGAGACACCAUCAAACACAUUGGCUACGACGAUUCAGGAAAAGGCUUUGACUACAAGACCUGCAAUGUGCUGGUGGCUCUGGAGCAGCAGUCCCCUGAUAUUGCACAGGGGGUCCACCUGGACAGACACGAGGAAGAUAUCGGGGCAGGAGAUCAGGGUUUAAUGUUUGGCUACGCCACAGAUGAGACUGAGGAGUGCAUGCCCCUGACAAUCAUCCUGGCACACAAACUCAAUUCUAAAAUGUCAGAACUGAGACGCAAUGGCACCCUUCCUUGGCUCCGCCCUGACUCCAAAACUCAGGUGACUGUGCAGUACAGGCAGGAGAAGGGAGCGGUGAUCCCUGAGCGAGUCCACACCGUGGUCGUCUCCGUGCAGCAUGAUGACUGCAUCAAUCUGGAGGACAUGCAGAAGAUCCUCAAGGAGAAAGUGAUCAAGGCGGUUAUCCCGGCAAAGUACCUGGACGAGGAGACCAUCUACCACCUCCAGCCCAGCGGCCGCUUUGUCAUCGGAGGACCCCAGGGCGAUGCUGGCGUGACCGGGAGGAAGAUCAUCGUGGACACAUAUGGCGGCUGGGGUGCCCAUGGUGGUGGUGCUUUCUCUGGUAAAGAUUACACCAAGGUGGAUCGCUCGGCCGCAUACGCAGCCCGCUGGGUGGCCAAAUCACUGGUGAACGCCAAGCUGUGCAGGAGAGUUCUGGUUCAAGUCUCCUAUGCUAUCGGUGUCGCCACCCCGCUGUCGAUAUCUCUCUUCACGUAUGGAUCCUCUGACAAGUCUGAAAAAGAGCUGCUGAAAAUCCUACACAAGAACUUUGACCUCCGACCUGGUGUCAUUGUCAGGGACCUGGAUCUGAAGAAACCAAUCUAUCAAAAUACAGCGUGCUAUGGACACUUUGGAAGGAAGGAAUUCCCAUGGGAAGUCCCCAGGAAAAUGGAGUUUUGAUAUGACUCAUAGUUUUGGAAGACUUCACUGGGAGAAAAUCAGCUGUCACUCAAAAGUGGUGAAUGUAGGACACCAGCACCAUUCUUUAAUUGUUCCACUGAGACUCACAGGGGUGUGAUUCCAGACUAUUACUACAGUCUUAAAUGAGCUCCUGCUCUUCAGGACUUUUAAAGCAUAUGGAGGACGUGUAAUUGCAGCUCACAUGUUGAUGAAUCAAAUAUGAUUUGCAGUGAUUGCCAAUAACGUGCAUGCUUUUUAUUUUGUCCAAAAAAAACAAACAAACACAAAAAUUAUUUCCUUCUUGCUUCUGUAGCAAUCACCCUCGCCCUGUCCUUUCAUGGGGUUAAAAAAACACAUUGGGGCCAAUUUAGGGAAGGUGGUGCCGUUGGGUGUGAACAAGAAAUAAGUGCUGCAAGAAGGAAAUCUAGUUUCAGAAUUAGGACACUGGCUUCAGGGUACAGAAUGAAUAUAAAUGUUACAAACCAUUGUAUGUAAAUUAUUUCAUGUUUUAAUUGGGUUCUUUUUUUUUUUGGAGUGCUUUGUGAUCCUCUGGAUGUAUUGUUUGCAUUGUAUUGUAUUGUAUUGCAUUGUAUUGUAAAUCAUACAUUAGUAUUGGAGACAUAAGGAACAGAUUCAAGGAGCGCAUUUACAGCAGAUCCAAAGAGCAAAUAAAAAAGACAUGGCUGCUUCAAACCACUGCAAACCCAAUGCGCGCCCACAGUCUGCAAUGCACCCAGCAGGGUCCAGUGCUAAUACAGUAAACUGGGAAUGUGCUACCUUAAUACCUUUUAAUGCUCCGCAUGCAUAAGAAGUCAAACAUGACUUUUUCAUUUUCCCUGUUCAAUUGAAUAGGUCAGUGGUGCUGUCACAAUACACAUGCAUUGCACCUUGACUUGCUUCUCUAGUGCUUCUGAAAGCACAUCUUCUGUUAUCUAAAUGUUUGAAUCCAGUUUGUAAAUAGACCUGUAUCAGGGUUGGUGUUUAAGAAUGACUUUUCAAAACAGCAGACGUGACAAUAUUGAGAAUAUAGAUGGUAUCUGCUGUGUAAGCACAUUUCCUUUAUAUUUCUUGGCUUCCUUAUCUUUCCACUUUGAUAUUUUCAACGAUACAUUUAUGUCAGUAUGUGUAGCAUAGGCUGUGUCACAUGGGUCCUUUUUCACCUAGAUUAGUUUACCUGCAAACUACAAAGUUUCAACUUUUAAGUCUUAAGUGCGUUUUCAUAAUUGUUUUAAACUCACUUGCUGUACUGAAUAGGCUCUUGAUAUCUGUGAUGUCAAUGUUCCAGUUUGUAUAGAGUUUCUUUAUUAAAGUAACUACAGUUAUGGUCUGUUGGGUUGCAAUAUAUGAUUGGUGUCAAAUCAUUAAAUCACCAAAACUUUGCAGCAGAUGGCAGGAGAAUUCUAAUUUCACGAUGCACUGGAAAUGCCACCACCCUGUCCAGCCCAAUGCUUGUUUGUACUAAUGCGCUCUUAAAAACUGGGCUGAAGUGCAGAGUAAGCCUGGUGUGAUCAGAAGGCAUGUAACUGGCAGUUACCUUUAGGUACAACAUAAGCUCUUAUCUUGACCUGCAAUGAAAAAAAAACGUCAUCAUUUAAUGUGAUUUUAUUUAAAUAAGUAGUAACUUACUGUGUUGCUUAUCUGUGACUAAAUAAUGAGCUGAUUAAUGAAUGUUGCAAAAUACAUGAUUUUAAAGAGCCUGGAUGUUUUUUUGGAAGGGUGGCAGCUGGCAACGUACAGCAGGCCUGCCUGCCUUUCUGCAGUGUUGUUGGGGAUGAAAAUGCAAUGAAUAUUUUAAUGAUAACAUUUGUUGUGGUCAAUGUAAUAAACUUUGACCUAAUGAAACAAUAAAUGCCAGGUUUUCAUCUUA